AUGGAGGUUAAAAUAGAGCAAUCACAGAAAGUUCAAUCAGAAAAUUCCACAACAGAAGACAACUCCACCAAAGAAGCCAACUCUGCAAAAGAAGACAACUCCACCAAAGGAGAAAAUAUGGAUAUCAUGAUUGAAGUUUAUGAUCCCGACAACGAAAAGCCGACGCAAAUAAACUUGGAAUCCAAGGAAACUAUAACUAAACAAAGCACGGCUAGUGAAUUAAUCGAAGACGAAGAUGAUAUGGAUGAUACACCAGUACCAUCCAAUGUUUCGAUAUAA